UAUGUUAUAUUUUAAAUGAUUCCCUACAGGACAAACAGAACAUUAGAGUGGCAACACUCGUUUUCGAAAUUUAUAACAACAUCUCCCCUGGAAUGGGAUUUAGAUGGUGGAUAUCCUAAAGUUUUUCCACCAAAACCUGGCAUGCUCCCAUACAGAGUCAUGGCCUCCGGUGAAGUUAACGGUUUGGAUAUUGAACUCUAUCUAAAUACGAGUGAACAUCAAUUUGAAUGCGAUGGAAAUAACAUCGGCUUCAAUGUUUUGAUAGGAUCACCAGCGGAACACGUCUACAAGAGUACAAUUCUUCGGCUACCCAUGGAUAAAAUGACCACAGUUGAGGUUUCGGCAAUCACCUACAAAACUGAUAAUUCCUUAAGAGCACUCUCACCAGAACAAAGACAAUGUUUCUUCCAAAAUGAAAGAGAACUCAAAUAUUACAAAUUCUACACGGACACAAAUUGCAAAUUAGAUUUGAGAAUCAAGAAAACUAUUAAACAAUGCAAUUGCGUUCUGUUCCAUUGGCCAAGAAAACAUAUUUCGGACAGAAUAUGUUCAACAAGAGAAGAUUAUAAAUGUGUUUCCGAUGUCAAAGCGAAAGUUGGCGAACAACUGAUCUUCGCGUACUAUGCUGACAGCGAGGAGCAGCGUAAUACUCAUGAGACAGCAACAUCAUGCUAUCCAGCUUGUAAUGACGUACUUUAUUCCACCCAGGUCUAUUAUUCUGAUCUCAUGAAAGAUACCCACCAUAAGUACCAUUGGGGUAUUUUUAAAGGAGAGCGAACGAGCAUCAACAUCCAUUUCUACACGGACAUGUUUUUAGGUCAACACCGUCACGCUCAAUACGAUGAUUUCUAUUUCGCUGGUGCCAUUGGUGGACUGCUAAGCCUCUUCCUUGGAUUUAGUAUAAUAAGUGUGGCUGAAAUAGUUUAUUUUGUGAUAUUAAAACCGAUCCACAACACUUUAAAAGAUAUAUACAAUCAAAACUAAACUCUAAACUAAGUUUAAGAGGACAUAUAAUCGUUUGUGUGAAAUGGAUGUUUAAAAAUACUAUCUUUUUAAGGGAUUAACAAUCGAUUCAUCAUGUAAUUUUGUUGUAAAAUGCUCCUUAAUUGUAAUCCAAAUUCCACUGAUGUUAUUGGAUUUCAACCAAACAAAAGCAUAGUGAGAUUGUGAAAUACU